AUCUGUGAAUGAUCACAGAGGCCACAUGGUACAAAGCUAUUCACAACAGCCUUGUACCAUGUGACAAGCUGUGACCAAUCACAGCUCACUCAGUAGUUCUCAAUGGCUGCAAGAAUGCAGACAGAGAGAAAGAGAAAUGAUUGCUUUUACAUCCUAUAUGGGUGUAAAAGCAAUCACUGUAAAGAGAAAAAAAAAUCUUCAUCACCCCCCACAAGUAGUACAGUGUCACCAUGGUGACACUGUACUGCUAGGGUGACAGGAUCCAUUCAAAGUGCAGAUUUUACACAGGAUCUCUCAGUUCUGAAAAGCAGGGGGUGGAGAGCUGACGUU